CUGACCACGGCUGCCAUUGCAUAACUACCUUAGGUAGCAUGGCGCUGUGUGUGUGUGUGCACAUGUGUCGACCAAACCAUCCAAGUGAGUCCCUUGGGUGGACAGCAGGCUCCAGUGUGUCUCCAUAUCGGACAAAGACAAGUCCGGGUCCGUCCGGACUUUGUAAAUGCCGGCUCCACCACGGGCUUGACGCCCUCGGAGUGGCUUCCUUUCCUCCAUGGAAACAAAAUCCACCGAUUUAAAUAUUAGGAUUGCCACUCCUCUGUCCAAGCAUUUCUACAUCAAUGAUCGACGAUCUGCUUGACCCCCCAAGAGUAGGCACAGAAACCAUCACUCAGCUGCCAUCCAUCAUGUCUCCUUCAACAGUCCCCGUUUCCAAGACUUACAGCAUCGCCUCCAUCCCCGCGGACGGCAUCGGCCCGGAGGUCGUCAACGCUUCCAUUGAUGUUCUCCGCAGCCUUUCAGAAACCCUAGGCACCUUCGAGCUAGAGUUCAAACACUACGACUGGAGCACAGCGACAUACAAGAAGACGGGCAAGUACAUUCCGGAUGGCGGUCUCGAAGAGCUAAAGAAGCACGACGCCAUCUUUUUCGGUGCUGUCGGCGCCCCAGAUGUUCCUGAUCACAUUUCCCUCUGGGGCCUCCGCCUUGCCAUCUGCCAGCCUUUCCAGCAGUAUGCCAACGUGCGACCAACCAAGAUCUUCCGCGGCACGCAAUCUCCCCUGCGCAACUGCAAGACCGGCCAACUAGACUGGGUCAUCGUUCGUGAGAACAGCGAGGGCGAGUACGCGGGCCAGGGGGGCCGCUCGCACCGCGGCCACCCAUGGGAGACCGCCACUGAGGUCGCCAUCUUUUCGCGGCACGCAGUCGAGCGCAUCAUGCGCUUCGCGUUCGAGACGGCCGACAAGCGCCCACGCAAGCUGUUGACGGUGGUCACAAAGAGCAACGCGCAGCGUAACGGCAUGGUGCUCUGGGACGAGGUCGCCGCCGAGGUUGCCAAGGAUUUUCCCCAGGUCACGCAGGACAAGAUGCUCGUCGACGCCAUGACGUGCCGCAUGGUGCUCAACCCGGAGUCGCUCGACACCAUCGUCGCCACGAAUCUGCACGCCGACAUUCUCUCGGACCUGGCCGCCGCGCUCGCCGGCUCGAUUGGCAUUGCGCCGACCUCCAAUUUGGACCCGACGCGCACGUUUCCCAGCAUGUUUGAACCGAUCCACGGUUCGGCGUUUGAUAUCACUGGCAAGGGCAUUUCCAACCCGGUUGCUACUCUGUGGUCCAGUGCGGAGAUGCUGGCGUGGCUCGGUGAGCAGGAUGCUAGCGAUAAACUGCUGAGCUCGGUCGAGCGUGUGUGUGAGGCGGGCGUGGUUACCGCAGAUCUGGGAGGUACUGCCCGGACGGUCGACGUGGCCAAUGCAGUGAUUGAGGAUAUUCGGAAGUCUUAUGGUACCAAGAGCAAGUAAAGUCCUCAGAGUCUGGAGCAACGUGGAGUUAGGCGAUGAAUAGGCGGCUUUGUAAGUUAGAAGAGAAGAAGCUCGACUUGGAGCACCUUACACAUGCAGAAAUCACACACACCUCUCAACUUGUUUAUUCGAAAGGCUUUGCAAAG